AAGCUUCACUUUUAUUCUCCUCUCCAUUAUUCAUUCCCCUAGAAAAAAAAGUUGUUCAACAAGAAAGAAACCUAAAAAGAAGAAAGGAUAUCUAGAAAUGUCGGUAACAACUACGGUGGAGGAGAACCACCGGAAAGAUCCUUCAUCACCGGAUAAAGAGGCGGAGAAGAGGAAGCAGAGAUGGGUGUUUUGGGAAAGAAAGUGGAGAAGAUUAGAUUAUUUCAAACUCACGGCUUCAUUGUUUGUGCAUUCUAUGGCUCUCUUGGCUCCGUUUUAUUUCAGCUGGUCGGCACUUUGGGUUACCUUUUUGUUUUAUACGAUUGGUGGUCUCGGUAUUACGGUGUCGUAUCACCGGAACUUGGCUCACCGGAGUUUCAAAGUCCCUAAAUGGCUGGAGUAUCUCUUAGCCUAUUGUGCCCUUCUCGCCAUUCAGGGAGAUCCGAUUGAUUGGGUGAGUACUCAUCGAUAUCAUCACCAAUUCACGGAUUCAGAACGAGAUCCACAUAGCCCUAAGGAAGGCUUUUGGUUUAGUCAUCUCCUAUGGAUUUAUGAUUCCGCAUAUCUAGUUACAAAGUGUGGAAGAAGGACAAACGUGGACGAUUUGAAGAGGCAAUGGUUCUAUAGGUUUCUUCAAAAGACAGUGCUGUUUCACAUUCUAGGACUUGGUAUAAUUCUCUUCUACCUCGGUGGGAUGUCCUUCGUUACUUGGGGAAUGGGGGUAGGAGCAGCACUGGAGGUGCACGUGACUUGUCUAAUAAACUCACUGUGUCAUGUCUGGGGCACUCGAACUUGGAAGACAAAUGACACUUCUCGUAAUGUUUGGUGGCUAUCUGUAUUUUCAUUUGGUGAAAGCUGGCACAACAACCACCAUGCGUUCGAGUCGUCAGCUAGACAAGGUCUCGAAUGGUGGCAAAUCGACAUUUCUUGGUACAUUGUCCGGUUUCUUGAGAUUAUCGGUUUAGCAUAUGACGUGAAACUGCCAACGGAAUCUCAGCGACGUCGUAUGGCUAUUGUUCGUUGAACUGCGGGAAAACAAAAAGAGGAGAGAUUAAUUCUAUGUAAUUAGAAUAAUUUCUAGUCCUAAAAAGAGUUUAUUGUUUUUAUAGUCCUAAAAAGAGUUUAUUGUUUUUAUUUUUUUUAUUUUACUUUGAAGUUUUGGGUAAACUCAAUGAACGUUUCCGAUGUGUUUGUGUUGGAACAAGUUGAUUAAUAUAUUUGUCGUAAUUUGGUACUCAUAAA